CGCUCCACACUCUCUCUCACUGUGGCCAAUAGAUUCUGUUGAGGUCGAGGCAGAGGCAGAGGCAGGUCCAGGUCUCACUCACCAAUCACCAUCAAACACUAAAACCAACCCCCAAAGCCCGAUGCCGCCUCCAACGCCACUGAGCAGCGCCUCCGCCAUGAUCCGGCGGCGGCUCCUCCUCCGAACCCGCGGCGGCGCGGGCUCCGGGGCGAGCCGGUGGACGAGCCCGGGCCACGAGGAGAGGCCCAAGGGGUACCUCUUCAACCGCACCCCCCCGCCCCCGGGCCAGUCCCGCAAGUGGGAGGACUGGGAACUCCCCUGCUACAUCACCAGCUUCCUCACCAUCGUCAUCCUCGGCGUUGGGCUCAACGCCAAGCCCGAUUUGACCAUCGAAACUUGGGCCCACGAGAAGGCCCUCGAGCGCCUCAAGAUCGAGAACGCCCUCGCCGCCAAUAACGACUCCUCCGAAUCCUCCUGAACCAAUUCGGAUCCGGCCCAACGCUCGCUCCGCUAGGUUUUAAAACCCGAAAUUAGGUUUCUCCAUGUAAUAAGGGUAAUCACUCUUCGAAUGUGAACUCCUUCGUAAUUUUUUCUCGCGUUUUCGGUUUUCCUCUCUGGUGAGAUUGUUGACUCGCUUCUUAUUUUUUAACUUCUCUUUCUUGAAUGUGGAUAAGGCGUUUAUGCGUUACAAUGUUUUGGUGUUUCUUUAAAUGAUUGUUUACUCCAAUGAUGUGUGUUGUUAUCUUAAUUUC